AUGGCUCCCGCCGGCGGAGGUAACAUUAAGGUGGUGGUGAGAUGUAGGCCCUUCAACAGUCGAGAAAUCGACCGUGGAGCAAAAUGUAUCGUUGAAAUGAAAAACAACCAGACGGUCCUUACCACCCCUCCCGAAGCAGCACAUACUGGUGGUAAAGGCAAAGACAACUCUACGGUGAAAGCAUUUGCUUUUGACAAGUCGUAUUGGUCUUUCAACAAAAGCGACCCAAACUAUGCCGGCCAAGCAAACCUACACGACGAUCUCGGAAAGCCCUUAUUAGACAAUGCAUUCCAAGGCUACAACAACUGUAUCUUUGCCUACGGACAAACAGGUUCCGGUAAAUCAUAUUCUAUGAUGGGUUAUGGAAAAGACGCUGGUAUCAUACCCAACAUUUGCCAGGACAUGUUUAAGAGAAUCGAGGACCUGCAAAAGGACAAAUCCUCGCGAUGUACUGUGGAAGUGUCAUACCUCGAAAUUUAUAACGAAAGGGUCCGAGAUUUAUUGAAUCCCUCGACUAAAGGCAACUUAAAGGUCCGAGAACAUCCGUCAACUGGUCCAUAUGUUGAGGAUCUUGCCAAGCUGGUGGUUAGUAGUUUUCAAGAGAUCGAAAACCUCAUGGACGAAGGUAACAAAGCGAGAACGGUUGCCGCUACAAACAUGAACGAAACGUCCAGUAGAAGUCACGCUGUGUUUACCCUCAUGCUCACACAGAAAAAAUAUGACGCGGAGACAAAAAUGGAGAUGGAGAAGCAAGCGAAAAUUAGUCUGGUCGAUUUGGCUGGUUCUGAGAGAGCAACGUCGACUGGUGCCACUGGUGCUCGACUGAAGGAAGGUGCUGAGAUCAACAGGUCCCUCUCGACGCUUGGUCGUGUGAUAGCAGCAUUAGCCGAUCUCUCAACCGGAAAGAAGAAAAAGGGGCCGGGUGGGACAGUUCCGUACCGAGACAGUGUCUUGACGUGGCUUCUGAAGGAUUCUCUUGGUGGUAACAGUAUGACGGCCAUGAUUGCCGCAAUCAGUCCGGCUGAUAUCAACUACGACGAAACGCUGAGUACUUUACGAUAUGCCGACUCUGCUAAGCGAAUCAAGAACCACGCCGUCGUCAACGAGGAUGCAAAUGCUCGCAUGAUCAGAGAAUUAAAAGAAGAGCUGAACGUCCUGCGAAGCAAGCUAGGAGGUGGCGCUACUGGUGGCGUUGGUGGUUCAGCUGUACCCCCAGAAGAGAUCUACGCAGAAGGGACUCCUCUAGAAAAACAGAUCGUCAGCAUCACGGCGUCUGAUGGCACUGUCAAGAAGGUAUCCAAGGCGGAAAUUGCUGAGCAGCUAAGUCAAAGUGAAAAGUUGUUGACCGACCUGAAUCAAACCUGGGAGCAGAAACUUCAAAAAACGGAAGAGAUUCACAAAGAACGUGAAGCCGCUCUGGAAGAGCUUGGUAUUAGUAUCGAAAAGGGCUUUGUCGGAUUACAUACACCGAAGAAGAUGCCCCAUUUGGUCAACUUAUCUGACGACCCCCUUCUCGCAGAAUGUUUAGUGUACAACCUUAAGCCAGGCAAGACCACAGUGGGAAACGUGGAAUCCAAUUCUGAGCAUCAGGCGAACAUCCGACUUAACGGCACUCGAAUUCUUCACGAACAUUGCUCUUUCGAUAAUGCAUCAGAUGGUACUGUUACCAUAACACCGAGUGAAGGCGCUUCUAUCAUGGUCAACGGAAAGCGCGUUGCCGAAACGACAAGACUGCACUCUGGUUUUCGAGUUAUCUUGGGUGAUUUCCACAUCUUCAGAUUUAACCAUCCUAUGGAAGCUCGCGCGGAGAGAGAUGAGAAUCGACAAAGUCUACUUCGUCAAUCUGUGACUGCAAGUCAGCUGCAGAAUUUAGAUCGUACAUCCCCCUCCCCGCGACCGGCCCAUGACCGAUCUGUGAGCAAGGCUGGCUCGGAGUUCGCAGAGAGUCGUCCAGAAUCUCCCGCACCAUCUCGGAACGGUCGAGAUACUGAUUGGUCAUUUGCACGGCGUGAAGCUGCUAGCGCUAUUCUUGGAACAGAUAAAAACCUUCAAAGCUUGAGUGAUGAGGAGCUCAACGCGUUGUUUGAGGAUGUUCAGCGCGCAAGAGCUGAGCGUGUCAACGACCGUGAGGGCGAUGAGGAUCUGGAGUCAAACACAUCAUAUCCAAUUAGGGAGAAGUAUAUGUCGACUGGUACGCUCGAUAACCUCUCGCUCGAUACAGCACUGACGAUGCCAUCCACCCCCAAAGCUGGUGAAGCAGACGACCGGCUCAGGGAGAUUCGAGAAAAUAUGCAAUCGCAGUUAGAGAAACGGAAAGAUGAAUAUCAAGGGCAACUUAAGAGCGCUGAAGCAGCCAAUGUCGAAGUAGAGGAGAUCAAAAGAGAAAAGGCUAGAAUGGAGGAGACGCUGACACAGUUGAAGGCCGAUAUGCAAAAACGGCUGGAAGUUCAAAAGCAAGAAUUUGAAGCCAAGAUCGAAAAGCUAGAUCCGCUGAAGAGACCUAAGGCAAAACCGAAGUUAUCAGAAGAAGAAAUUGAAAGGGCCAAGGAGGUUGUCAACCAUUGGAAGAGCCGACACUAUGUUCAGAUGGCCGAAGCCGUCCUGCAGCAUGCAGCUACUCUUAAGGAGGCGCAGAUCAUGAGCGAAGAGCUAGGAGAGAACGUCGUUUUCCAGUUCACUGUUGUGGAUAUAGGCCACGCCCGUUGCUCAUCCUACGAUAUGGUGUUGAAUGAUGUUCCAGGCGAAGGCGAAGAUUUGGCUCUUGAUGAGGCGCACAAACCCUGUGUAGGAGUUCGCGUUGUUGACUACAAGAAUGCAGUUGUCCACUUGUGGAGCUUAGAGAAGCUUCAUGAUCGCGUCCGACACAUGCGCCAGAUGCAUCAGUACUUGGAUCAGCCAGAAUAUUCGCAGCAUUUCAAGUUAGAUAACCCCUUUGUCGAGAAUUGCAUGCCUGAGUAUUCUCUUGUCGGCGAGGUUGAUGUCCCUCUUCGAGCCGUUUUCGAUAGCCGAGUUCAAGACUUCGCCUUGGACGUCCUAUCACCUCACACUUCCCAUGCCAUUGGAAUCAUCAAGCUUUCCCUAGAACCAUCUAGCGCCCGAGCUCCAUCGAGUACUCUAAAAUACAAUGUCGUUAUGCACGACAUGGUUGGGUUCGCCGAGCGAGAGGGAACAGAUGUGCAUGCCCAGUUGUUUAUCCCCGGCGUGUCGGAAAGCGUUACCACAACCCAGAUGAUCAAGGACUUUGAUGAGGGCCCGAUACGAUUUGACAGUGUUCACAGCAUGAGUGUUCCAUUGUUUGGGCCAAGGGAAGUCAACCUUAGGAUUGCCAUAUUCGCUAAAGUCUCUGCAAUGCAUCUUGACAAGUUGCUCAGCUGGGACGAGAUGCGCGAUUCUAGUCCAAGCAACGAACGCAAAUCUCAAGGUGCUCGGAUCAACGAGACCCAAUUUUAUACCGAAGAGAAGCAUGAUAUGUUGGCUCGUGUGCAAAUCCUUGAACUGAAUGAAGGGGGCGAAUACGUGCCUGUAGAGGUCACACAAACAAGUGAAUUAGAUACCGGUACCUUCCAGUUGCAUCAAGGGCUCCAAAGGCGCGUGGCCAUCAAUCUCACACACAGCUCUGGAGAUGCAUUGCCAUGGGAAGACAUCGGUUCAGUUCGGAUUGGCAAGAUCCAGCUCGUCGAUCACGCCGGCAAAAAUCCCGACCUGGGUUCUCCAGCCCCUGAUAUACCUCUCAGACUAAGCUCAAAGCCCACAUUUCGCCAGAAUGCAAAUGGCACCCGGGCCAUGACAAUCGUUGGACAAUGGGAUUCUAGCUUACAUAACUCCCUCUUGCUAGACCGGACAACGGCGGACAAGUAUAAAGUCCAACUGACGCUGUCCUGGGAUAUUACCGCCGAUAAUCUUGCUGAGCCAAUGAAAUUCUCUACGAAUAUGAAUUGCCAGAUUCUAGGGAGGACAUUCGUCCGCCAGACAUCAAUGCUCUCGUCUCUGUUCCAGCACGUAAGGAUUGUACAUUCUUCGACGGCUAUCUUUACUCUGAAAAUGCGGCCAGCCCCAAUAAAACGAGUUGGUGAUUUAUGGAGAAUGAACAGUCAACAUGACUACGUAAAAGGCGAAGAAAAUUUAAGCAAUUGGGUCCCAAGAGGGGUUUCUUUGAUAGCCGAUUAUAUUUCUGCUCGGAAGAAGAAGAGGCGCAUUACGGAAAUCGCGGCGGCCCAGCUAUUCUUAAAGAAGAUCGGGCUGCCAGAGCCAAAAAAUCCGCCCGAAGAUGACGAUCAUUCCGAUGAUGAUGCCUCCCCGGGACCUAAGGCCCACGAUGACGAUCAAGAUUCAAUCAAUGCGCUUCUCAAUGAUACUCCCAAUGACACGCCUCAGACAUCACGACCAUCCACACCAAAGCAACCGGGGUCUGCUGAAGACGAGCAAGAUGCAACACUCCUGCCGGAACAAACUGAGGAGCCUGUUGAGCUACCGCCCGCAGAGCCCCCACAGCCGGAGUACGAUGAGCAUGAGACCUUUCUACUAAAAAGAUGCCUCAAAUUCUGGUCACAACUUCCCGAUCCUGCAACUCGCAUUCUUGGCCCAGCAAACACGGCACCCCCUUCAGAUGGUAUCGCGCCCGAAUCGAGUACGCCCCCUCGACUUCUCUCCACCAUCAUUCGUGUUCCCAAGAACCCGAAGGUACUCAAAGGCGGCUAUCUGUUAGUCCCUAACAGCGACUAUAGCAAAUGGGUCAAGCGAUUUGUGGAACUUCGGCGGCCCUAUCUGCACAUUCACAACGUUACGGACGGGGACGAAAUAGCUAUCGUCAGUCUGCGUAAUUCCCGCGUUGAUAGCCAGCCGGAAAUUUUGGCGCUGUUCAAUGGCUACGACGACGAGCCCGACGUGUUUUCUCCACCAAAUGGAAAUUCCCACGGAAACUCCCAGUCGGGCCAUCAACGAUCAUCCUCAGUCCAAACCGGGUCUACGAUAAGGUCUGGGAAUUCGCGGGCUUCGGGUCCCAGUCUUGGGGGACUGAGCGACCGUUUACAGGCGGGGGUAUUUGCUGUUUAUGGAACAGACAACACAUGGUUGUUCGCAGCUCGCAACGAGCGUGAAAAGCAUGAUUGGAUUUAUCGAAUUGACCAGAGUUAUUUCUCUGGAACCGCAAGCAUGAGUGGCAGUGGUGCUGUUAGCCCGCAACCGAGGAAUUACUUGUUAGACGCUGAUUGA